AUGGAUCUUCUUGGAAUGAUGCCUCGCAAGAUUGCUCUUAAUGGUCGUUAUUCCCGACACUUUUUCAAUAGAUGUAGUGAUUGGCGACACAUUCGUCAGUUGCGGUUCUGGCCUAUCACUAAGGUGCUGCCUGUGGGUUGCAAGCUUGGAAAUUGCAUAUGUUCUGCUUCAUAUCCCAGAAACAAGGCACCUGCUAGAUCUGUCAAGGGGAUUAAGCAGAUUGGUGUCAUUGGAUGGGGUUCACAAGGACCUGCUCAGACACAGAAUCUACGGGAAUCUCUUGUUGAAGCAAAGUCUGAUAUUGUGGUUAAGGUUGGACUCAGGAAAGGUUCUAGUUCCUUUAAUGAAGCUAGGGAAGCUGGAUUUAGUGAGGAGAAAGGAACUUUAGGUGACAUAUGGGAAACUAUGUCGGGCAGUGAUCUCGUAUUGCUGUUAAUUUCUGAUUCUGCACAGGCAGAUAAUUAUGAGAAAAUAUUUUCCCACAUGAAGCCAAACAACAUACUUGGGAUGUCCCGCGGUUUUCUUCUUGGACACUUGCAGUCAAUUGGACUUGAUUUUACCAAAAACUUCAGUGUAAUUGCUGUGUGUCCCAAGGGGAUGGGUCAUUCUAUAAGGAGGCUGUAUGUACAACGCAAAGAGAUAAAUGGUGCUAGAAUUAAUUCAAGUUUUGGAGUCCACCAGGAUGUUGAUGACCGGGCUACUAAUGUUGCUUUGGGCUGGUCUGUUGCCCUUGGUUCUCCUUUCACAUUUGCCACUACAUUAGAGCAGGAAUACAAGAGUGAUAUCUUUGGAGAGAGAGGAAUUUUACUGGGUGCCGUUCAUGGAAUUGUUGAGUCCUUGUUUAGAAGGUACACUGAAAAUGGAAUGAGUGAAGAUCUUGCUUAUAAGAACACUGUUGAGUCCAUAACAGGAGUAAUAUCUAAAACCAUCUCAACACAGGGCAUGUUGGCUGUAUACAAUGCUUUAUCUGAAGAUGGAAAGAAGGAAUUUGAGAAAAGUUAUGGUAAAGCGGUGCAAUUCUUUACCAUGUUCCGGAAAUCAAAAUUACCUUGCAUGAUAAAAUUGAUUUUUCAAGUUCUGAAUUUUGUGUUGCAAAUAAUCAGUGACAAUUUUUCAUUCAAGCAAUGGGAUCCAGGAACAAUAUCUCUAUUCUCAUAUUGA